AUGGCUGCCCCUCACCAAAGUGAAAGACCUGGUGCUCAACACGAACCAGAGUCCGCAAUGCCUGUUCUAAAUGAAGAAGAGCCUCUUUUGGGAUCAAACGAAUCUCCGUCGACUUGGAAGUCGCCGCCGGGUUUUACAUGGAUUCAAAUCGCAAUUAUGUCCAAUGUAUUCCUCUCUGGAUUUGACAGCACCAUCACUGCUUCAACCUACGCCGUGAUUAGUUCGGAUUUCAACGCCGCAAACACUGCCUCAUGGUUGACCACUUCUUAUUUGGUCACGAGCACAGCAUUCCAGCCGCUAUAUGGAAGAUUCUCGGAUUUAUUGGGUCGUCGUGCAUGCUUCUUUACUGCGACUAUUUGCUUUAUGGUCGGCUGUCUGGGCUGCGGCGUGGCCCGUGAUAUCGUGUUCUUGGAUAUUAUGCGAGCCUUGACUGGCAUUGGAGGCGGAGGCUUGAUGACAAUGGCUACUAUUAUCAACUCCGACCUCAUUCCUUUCCGUCAUCGAGGCAUGUACCAAGCGAUCCAGAACGUCUCCAACGGAUUCGGCGCUAUCUGUGGUGCUUCUUUUGGUGGCUCGAUCGUCGACUCCAUUGGAUGGCGUUGGUGUUUCUUGCUGCAAUGCCCGGUCUCUCUGAGUGCGUUGGUCUUGGGCCAUUUCGUUUUGAAGUUUCCCAACGACGAUGCUGAAUCGACCUCUGAUCGAGCCACACAAGGCAUCUGGCGUCAGAUCGACCUCUCCGGUGCCUGCUUGUUAGUCCUGGCGCUCUCUAGUCAGUUAUUCGGACUGAGCCUGGGUGGUAAUGAGCUUCCCUGGACAAACGUCUGGGUGAUUAUGUCCUUAGUUGCCAGUGUGGUGCUCUUGGUCGUCUUUUUCAUGAUAGAGUCCAGAACUUCCGCUGUUCCUGUGAUGCCGUUGAAGAUGCUUCGUGGGCUUCUUCCUGUAGCGACGCAGAUUUCCAACGUCUGUGUGGGCAUGGCUGCCUACGCUUACCUAUUUACACUUCCGCUCUUGUUCCAGGUGAUUCUCCUGGACACUCCUAGCAAAGCAGGUGGUCGCCUGGCUAUCCCAUGCUUGGCCACUCCAUUGGGAGGGCUUAUAUCUGGCAUUGUUAUGUCUCGCUGGGGGAAGCUAUCUUAUCUCGUGAGAACGGGCGCUGGUCUGAUGUUCAUUGGAAACCUGCUGGUGAUGCUGCUGCGAUUCCACGACGCAGAAUGGAAGUAUUUUGCCUAUAUGAUUCCCGCCAAUCUGGGCCAGGGUAUCGUGUAUCCAGGAAUCCUAUUUACCUUCCUGGCUGCAUUCGACCACUCUGACCACGCCGUCUCCGCCUCUACAGUCUACCUCAUCCGCUCCCUCGGGACAGUCUGGGGUGUCGCCGUCACCUCUGCUAUCGUCCAGAAUACAUUGAGCUCAGGCCUCCCGGAGGCCCUGAGUGAAAUACCAGAUAAAUGGAACGUAAUCGACGAGAUACGUCACUCCGUCUCUGCAAUUUACGAUCUACCCCCGGACGUACAGAUAGCCGCUCGAUUGGUGUACUAUCGCGCAAUCCGUAUGUCGUUUGCGGCAUCGGCGUCUUUCGGGUUCGUUGCGACAGUGGCGGCCUUCUUCACCCGCGGGAAAGGGCUGGAACGCGCUACCGACCAUUAA